CCUCUUGCUGGCAGCCACACUCCCAGAGCCUCACAGGAGCUUCACUCUCACAGAAACCCCCCACACACACACAGAGUCGGGCCUGGACACGGAGAUACACUUGGCUGCCAAAUCAUAAUCAGUGCACCUCUGAGUGAGGCCUCCGUUUGCCAAAUCUCUGUUUUAUUACACCGACAUGGAGCUCCACAGUCUACAUAAAACCUUCCACCACAGCCACCUGGGCGAGGAGAAGCACCAGAUGCUGAACCUGAACCGACGCCUGGAGACAUACCUGAGCCGGGUCAAAAACCUGGAGGAGGAGAAUGCGCUGCUUGCAGAAGAGAUCCAAGCUCUGAGACACAGCAAUCAUGGAGCCUCGACACGGAGGAAGGGCCUAAAGGAAGAGCUGCGUCAGGUGAGACUAGAGGUGGACGCAGCCUGGAGGGACAGGGUCCUCACAGAGAUGGAGGUCUGCAAGGUGGCAGAGGAGCUCCAGGCCCUGGACCUGCUGAGGCAGAGGGAGGCUCAGGCCCAUAUGCAGGCCAAGAAGAAGAUAGAGCAGAGCAAGAAGGAGCUGGAGGAGGAACAGAGGGCUCAGAUGUGGCUGAGGGAGAAGGUCAGUCAGCUGGAGAAUGAGAUGAGGCACCUAACUCAAACCCAUCAGGAGGACGUCGCCCACUUGGAGGCCACAUUGAACCACUCCAGAGCCACAAUGCCACCUACAUGGGCUCAAAGGGGCAACCAGAUACCAAACCUCCUACAGCUGGGACAGGAGUACUCCCAGGCGGCCAACAGGGCAUGGCAGGAGGCAGCAGAGGCCCAUCAGGGGCAGUUAGAUCGGCUGGAGGAGUCACUUAACCAGGCCAGGGGCCGUUUAACCCAACUGAAUCAGGAGAAGAGCGAGAGCCAGCUGAAGCUCCAAGUGCUGGAGAAGGAGAUCGCCUCAGCUCAUGACGUCAGGCGGCAUCUGGAGAAGACUGCAGCCCAACAGGGAGACAGAUACAGCCGGGAGAUCCAGCAGCUCCAGGAGCACUUAGAGGGCCUGGAGGCGGAGAAAGAGGAGCUGGGCCAGCAGAUCGACCACAUCACCCUGGAGAACCGAGGCCUGCUGCAGCAGAAGACGUCUCUGGGUCUGGAGGUGGCGACAUACAGAGCUUUGCUGGAUGGGGAAGGCCACAGGGGAGACAUCUUUAUAUUAAAUCAGCCAAGAAACGUUUCCAUCACAGAUGCAGUUUUCAGUCCUCGGGGGGUUAAAAAGAAUUACCAGACCCAGCUGUUUGCUGGCCACAAGACCACUUCUCUCUCAUCUCAUCGUGGUGUGACAGCGAUUACUGCAACGCCAAGCUGGAGCAGAAAACCUGCCACCUUCACUGAAACUCCAAAGAUUUCCAAGAAACCUGCAUAUGAUGACACAAAGUCCACAACACUGGAAACCCCUUAUCCCAAAAUACUGCAGGAUGGAGCUGUUGAGAAUUUCAGACCACAGGAGGUUCAGGAGAAAGUCACCUAUGCUGAGCCUCUAUCACCUCCCAACGAGCAGGAGGCUGAAACAGCAUCAGGGGACAAAGAAGGUGAAGAGGACAGGAGCAAUGCUGGUGCAGAACCUCCUGAGGAUAAACCAGUUGUCGAGUCAGUUGUCAGUUAUCAGGUCGAGUCUGGUCUCAGCACUGAGCCACCCCUCUGGGAUGAAGUGGAUCAGCGUCAGUUUACCACGCCCAACCUCACACCAUACCAUGUUAGAAUGACAGAGGAUCAGUGUGGUGAUGAAUCCGAUAAGGAUGUGUCCUCUGAAAUACCUGCAGAAAAAGAUAAUAUGCAAGAGCUGCAAGCUCCAACUGAAGCAUGGAUAGAGAAAGAGGUCGAGCAUGUGCAAGAGGAAACCUCAGAUUCUGGAACGGACGCGGUUCUUGAACCAAACUUUGAUUCCAGGACAAGCAGUCCGGUGACUGAAUGUGAGGCUGAAGAAAGCUUGUUAAACAGAGUGACAGACUUCAGCCAAGAUGAAAACAUCAUUAAGGAGGAUGCAGCUGAGAUACAGCAAGAAAUAAGCCAUUCUGUUGUGGGAACAAGCGUGAUGGAUAUUGAGGAUAAGUUGUAUCCAGAUGGAGAAGAAAUGGACACAUGGGACAGUGUCAUAGAAAGGAAGGUUGAUGUGAAGACAGAUGAAGGGAUAAAAAAGGAUGAAGAAAAACGACAACAUGCUGAACCCGAGGAAGACAUAUCACCAAGAGGACAAGAGCAUGACAAGAGAGAAACUAAGCAGGAUUUUGUCACAGAUGUACAGCAAGACAACAACAUGGCGUCUUCAACUAUGGACACUCCAACAGAUGAUGGACAGCAUGAUGCAUUCGACCAAGAUCAUGCGCUGCUUCCUGACAACCAAGAAGAGGAUGACGAGGAUUCUCAAAAUGUCUCCAUGUCAUGGCGGACCGAGUUGGAGAGCGACAGCUACGCUCAGGAUAACACUCUUGCCGACACUCGUCCUCUGAUUCGAUACAAGAGUGAUGAGACUGACGCCAACACUCAGGCGUCACACAUGGAUGAGAGCGAGUCUAGUGAAGGUGAACAGGAAAAGAAGAUCGGAGAGAUGGAAAUGUGGAGUGAAAGCAAGUCAAAGAGAUCUGGAACUAUGGAAGAUCUGUGUGAGGAAGUGGAAGGGGAAGCGUUGGAUGAGGAAUAUAAUCUAGGGUAUACUAACAUUGAGGACAGGGAUGUUGAUGAUGCUACGACUGUUCGUGAACAGGCUACGCUGUUGAAGGAUACAGAAAAGUCAGAAGAAAUGAUCAGAGAAGUCAGAGAGGGACAUUUGGAUGAAAAAACUCAAGAACUGUCCAAACUCACGGUACCUACAAAUGUGGCCUACGAUGAGGAGUUGGAGAUAGACCGACUUGUGGAACAGGAAUUAGAAAAUCUUGCUACAGACUACUACAGCGCUUUCUUUGCACAGCAGCAGCUCAGCAAGAGUGAGGAACAUCUGCAACACAAGUUUCUCAAGGAAAUGACAGAGCAAGAAGAGACUGGAACGUCUUCCUGUGCAGAGCCUGAAGUGAGAGUAAACCACCAACUUGCAUCUUCCAUGACAAUUAUAGAUCAACCUCAUGACAACCUACGUUUCAGUGAUCCGUCCGUGGUAUUGCCUCAGUCAGACACUGUGGCUGAUGAGGAGGUCCAGCAUGAGGUUCAAGAAGCUACAGAUGCUCCAGAGAAAAGAGAAGAAGAGGAUGACCACAACGUGUCCAUGGUGACACAUCCUGAUGUAAUAGAAGAUCACUCUGACUUUACUGACUUCAUCAGCAAGCCUGAUAUGGAAGAAAUCAACAACUCAGAGGAUGCAAACUCUGUGUUGCCGGUAACAGCAGAUCAGGGAAACCUGCAGGAUGUGGCUGCCCCCACUGAGGUGAAAGAGGCUGUACCUGUAGAAGCUUCCAGUGAAUCUCAAGAACGCCUGAUUGAGGAUGUUGUAGAGAGUCAAGAGUUUCCAGAGGUUCUAGAAACAGCUGAAUGGGAAGUCCUGGAGAACCCAAGUGAGGACUUUGAAAUCAGAGAUCAGGGUAAAGAUCAUGAAAAAUGUGAUAGUGUUCCUCAAGCAGCUGAAAGUUGUCUCCACGAUGACAGAAGCUCAGAUGAGGGCGCUAUGACACAUAAAGAGGAGCCCCAUGAGAUUUCCCCCGACAGUCUACCUGAUGAAACAGACAUCUUUGUGGCGAAGGACUCAACAGAACUACUGAACACAAACGGCAAAGACAACAGCCUCCAUGGUUUCAUUAGCUCUGGAUUAAAGAGUGAUUUCUGGGUGUCCUCCUUGGAGACUGGUGCCACCUAUCAACCAGAUGAUGUCUGCAAUGAAGCUGCUGAGCAAACCAAUCAGAAUCUCGGGUUUGCUGACAGUUUGGUUUGGGGGGAUUCAGAAAAUGUGGAUCACUGGAACUCCAGGGUGGAUAUUGAGUCAUCUAAAACCCUGACUGCCAAGAAAGAGCAGCAGCAGACGCAUUCGGAGGUGAAGCAGGUGUUGUGUAGAAAUGAGAAGGAGCUGGUCCAUUCUGAUGAGUCAGAAGCUGAGGGUGAAUCCUGGUCGUCAGGGGAAGAACCAAUAUGAGAAGCAGUGAAAACUUUAAUUACAAUGAGUUUUAGAUCUAAUCAGUGUUAGUCAGAGGAAAAUUACUUUUAACGCAUUCACUAUGAAAACCAAAGUCGUGCCUUGGUGCGCACCCCAGUGACGCUAACCAUCAAUGUGCCAAGUCUGUCUAGAAUAAUACAAAGCACUCACCUCAUUUCCUUCAGGUGAGACACCCCAGGUGAACAGGGUAAAAUUUUUAGAUGUCAUCAUGAAACUUCCCCAGAUGAUUAUCUACAGCAGUGGCGUUCAGCCCCGAAUGUGUUUUAUUAGAAUCGUGGGAUCUAAAUAUAUAGGUUAUACAUAUAUUUCAAAAAUAAGAAUAGGCCUAAAAAUAAAACAGAAAGCCUCCGAUGUAAUAAUCUGCAAUUCCAUUCAUGCGUUAAAGCCUCCGAAAAUAAUGUCAUAAAUCAAAAAUGCAUGUUUGUGCCUCUGUGUCUUUAAGCAGCAGAUUUAGUGCAGUUUAUUGGUAGUUUAAUCUAUAAUAACACAUCCUUAUUUCUUAAUUGAUUAUAUUUUGUAUCUCUAAUCUGAGUCUUCAAAAGUGACUUAACCAGACAAAUAAAUGUAGUGGAGUAAAAAGUACAAUGUUUGUGUCUGAGAUGUGGUGGAGUGGAAGUAUAAAGUAGAAUAAAAUAAAAAUACCAGCCCAUUCUCAUUCCAAAGUCGUCAAACUCUGCCGCCGUGCCAGUGAUUUCGGCAUCAGACACCAAUGCCAAAAGCCACCUUUUGCUGCAGUAUGAUUCGCCACCAUGGGACAUCAGUUUGUAACACAGCCAGACAGAACCUUUUUGUGGUCUUAUGAUAUGCUGCUGGUUGGCACCUGUCACAGCAGUAUGAUACACCCAUUGAUGGCCUCAGUUUGAAAUGCUGCUGGUAACAAACAUAAUAUAAGGACCUGGAAAGUCCCUUUAGGAUGGAUGUAGAGCCAAACCACAAAGUUCUUUUUUCUAAACCUAACCAUGUGGAUUUGUUAAUGUCCCGACGUUGGUUGCAGCAUCCCAGAACGUCAACAGCAGACGCAGGAGGAUACCUAGCAUGUGAAAGUCCACUAGGACGUGAAAGUCCACUAACAAAGCAUUGAUAUGUGACGACUUGGGAUGAGAUCGUGUUGGAAAUACUCAAGUACCUCAAAAUUCUCUCAAUUUUAAUGAUAGCAGUUGCAAAAUAUUCGGUUCGUACACAAUAUUAAUUAGUAACAACUGCUGAUGUUUUAUUACAUCAUUAUUCUUAAUUAAUUUUGGAGGAAAAACUUAAAGGGUUAAUAAGAUGCCAAAUGCAUUAAAAAAAAGCAUCAAAAUAGAGCUUGCUCAUCAAGAAAAUUUCAUGGGGGAGGAUCCUUCCAGACCCCCCUACAACGGACCAGACUAAGCCCCCAGUGCUCUCAGAUUAAUAAUUAAAAAACAUCAUUUCCUGAACAAAAAUCCAAACAUUGGAUAAUCCUGGUUCUAAAUUUGUGUUUCAUUUUGUUGUCAUUUUAGAGUCAAAAGUUUUGACAGAGGGAAUUUUGGAUAGAUCUUUUUUUAUCACUCCAUAAACCAGAAAAUACUGUUAACAGUCAUUAAAAAAAGAAAAAGAAAAUUGCUAUGUUGUCAGGAAUAAAAAUUUCUAUAAAUCAGUCUAUGAAUGAUAUAUGAACAAACAUCUUUAAACCUUCAGAAUACAGACGUAAAACUGGGCAGUUUGGUGGAUUUAAAUACUUCUGAUGAGGAGAUUGUUUAGUCAAAAACAAAAAACAAACCUAAUUUUGAGAAAACAGCCUUUAAAAGAUACGAUUUGUAAAGUCCAAAGAUUCUCAGACUAAAGAUAAGACACUAGGGUAAAAUUUUUUACCAAGAUAUCACUAUGAAACUUCUGCAGUUGAUUACUUACAUUAACACAAUUAUUUUUUGUAUCAUAAUUUUUCUGCAGUUUUAUUGAAUUAAAUCUGCUUUUUGCAUAAAUGAAGUCUGAACUUAAAUAAACCUUAAUGUGUAUUUUCGAUAUUUUUCCUUCCAUUAGUCUGAAAGAUGACAUGUUAUGGAAGCAAAAUAGCCCAAUAUCUCAAAACUGACCAGUGCAUAAAGUCUCUUCUCACCUGGGGUGUCUCACCACCGACAUAUUUGACUAACAAUUUUAUCUUCUAUCCUAAUUGCUGAAGCUCUUUCGGUUUUUCAGUGUGCAUGUUAAGGAGAAGGUUUCUGCAUGAGGGAACAGCAUGAAGACAGAACAAAGAAUGUCAUUUGAAAGUCAAAGCGUUUAUUGAUUGCUGCCUAAUCUGAUUUUACUGACUGAUGGGAAUCGAUGAGAGCAGGAGGGUUGGAUUUCUGUUUCACAGAGCAUCAAACAAACCGCUCGUGUUUCUGCUGCUGAGUUCUCUCAUUUCCCCGGACAACAGAUGACUCAUCUCUGCAUGUUUAACAGGCGUAGAAUAAUUGGUUGGUUAUAAAAGGUUUAUGUAAAAGAUGACAUAGACCAGUUUGGAUAGUAAACUGUUACAUGUUUGUAUUCGGUUGGUCUGUAUUAAUCAGACGUUUCAUUUCCAUCUAUUUUGCUGCGGUACAUUUAUAGUCCAAAAUAAACAGUAGAUUGAUCAUA